CAUUAUGCAAUCAAAUUGUAAUUCGUAACAAAACUUUUGCGUUUGAAAUUUGUUUACAAACUUUUUCAUAUUUUUUUCAAAAUUUGUGGUCGUUUUCUGAAAAAACUUGCGAAGUGUGUCUCGAUUUUAUUAUGAUUUUGUAUCCCGAAUAUCAUUACGAUGGCGAUUGUGGUGUAGCGAAGUUUUUUAUGCGGCUCUCCGGUUGGGUCUUCAAUGCAUUUGUGCUUGCAGAGCUACCAAAGGGUUAUGUUGAGAAUGGUGAUUUCGGCCCGCGUGUUGCAAAAUAUGAUUGGUUAGAGUUGCUGGCGAAGUUUCCAUUGCUGAUCGUACUAUUGGUCAUUGCGGCGUUAACGACGCUUUUUUGGCUCUUUUGGCUGUGCUGUACUGUCAGGGGUCUACAAAAAUCUGCAAAGAAGCGACAUCGUUGCUGUCUUUACUUCAACACGUUCCUGUUGUUGCUUUUAUUGUUGCCACUGGCCAUUGGCUUGUAUUUGACUUUUCGUACGAAUUUUUUACUACGCAGAAGCAAAGAUGAUUCUAAAAUUUUUAGGGAUACAGCCAAAUCAGCAUUAGAUGAUGAGGAUGCAAAUUUUAUGAAUCAGGCGGUAUAUGAAGCUAAUCCCACACCGAUUUCUAUAGAAAUGAACAAAGUGAUAACGGACGAAUUCGCCGAUUGGCAGCAGACAAUAGCCCAGACCGGGCAGAUAAAUUUUGAAAAACUUAAAUAUUUAUAUAGUAAUAGAGACUUUUAUUUAACUGCUCUGCAAUCACUGAGAGAUUACGCUUAUGAGUUGGUAAUACUCGGCAUAGAAAUGGAUGAUCUACUUCGCACAGUUGUGCGAGAAGCCUUCGCAUUUCUACAAGCAAAUGUCAAAAAUACGUCCUUAGUAGAAAACAAAAUGCUGCAAAGAGAGCGCAUAAACGUGUGGCACUUAAAUUCAGUCUAUACGCAAUACUCACACUCAUAUGAAUACUUGGAGUACCUAUUGAAGGCAUAUGAGAAUCUCUCACUCCUGCAAAAGUCUAUAGCGGAGAGCACACUGAGUGCAGAUAAGAGUGAAAAUGGUUUAUUCGUGCCGCCCACUUUACGACAGCUUCCAAGGACAUACAUGGACUACAGAUCAUCUACGGAACACCCACAAAUCCUGAAUCCCAUUCUGUAUCUAGCGAUGGCUAUGUUUUUUGUGACAGCUGCCCUUGCUUACAUUUUACUAAUGGCACUCGGUUUCGGAAUUUGCCGUUACUAUGCGCGUGCGAAUUGUAUGCUUAAAAUCUUUUUUUUCCUCAACAUAUUGACCAUACCUGUACUAGCCUUUCUAACAGUCUUACAUUUCCUGCCCGCCAUGGUAUUGCAUACGGGAAUUUGUCACGAGAAUGAUCUUCGGGGAAGCUCUUAUCGCAUCGCUGAGUCCUGGCGCUGCGAUCCAGUCAAUAAUAUCGUUGCCAACGGAGUUUACGACUAUGAAUAUGCGGACCUGUCGAGCACUGAGCAAAUGCGAGAUAAUAUUUUACCGAAAGUCGAACGCAUGCUACCAAAGCAUAUUAUUUAUCAAGACAAUUACACGAAUAACUACCAAGUUAUGGUGGAAUUCCCUCAAAAGAAGUGGUACGAAAUUGACGUGCAAGGUCUCAUAACUAACGAAGACUAUACGAGCUACGCAGGUUACGUAAAAGAGUACACCAAAAAGAAUACAACCGGCGCGGACAUAUUUUCAUGCAAACUAAAAUCUAUACCAAAUGGCGUCAGGACAGACUUGUAUGCUAAAACAUUUGUACCUAACGCUACAGAACUGUACGAAGUGCUAACCAAGCUCAAGCAACAUGCACAGCCUAAGGGUUACGAGAAUUUUACAAAACUUUUGGAGAGUGCUCAAAGUGAGUUGGUUGUCUUCGAAAAGUUGUAUGUGCUGUCGAAAGAUAAAUUCUUGACUACAUUGAGCGAAAAGCUGGAUAAAAAGUUGAAAACUCUACAGAAUCGGCCAGUAGCCUGCUAUCGCGGUCAACGUAGUGCGAUGAAUGAGUCUUCAAAUUGCGGUUGUCUAGAAGAUUUGCUGAUGCUCUACGCUAUCGGCAGUGCCUUGUUAGUUUUCACAUUAUUUUUCACUAUGCUACUUAGCCUGUUGCUGUACAAACUCUACAAACGCGGGCCACCGAUAUUUGCUUGUCCCCAACCACCAAAACCAGAUGGUUGCUUGUGUGCGCCAGUAGCAGUAAGUGGAUCGCCAUGUGUGCAAACUGCAGGAACUGCUGUACAAUCUACGACAGAUGGCAGAGAUUGUGCUCUCCCCCAAACGGGCGUGAACUGUGGUGGAGCGCAUGCCGGUACACCUCUCAUUAAUACCGUAAACUUUAUACCGCCAGUGAUGGGCGCCUUUGGCUGUCAACAGAAUCUUCCAAUGAUAUAUCCAACAAACUUUCAACAGAGUUCACCACAGAUGUGUGCAGGAACUAGUCAACGAAAUCCACCACAAAUGUGUGCAGGAACUUGUCAACGAAAUCCACCAGAGAUGCGUGCAACAAGUGGUCAACGGAGCACAACACAGAUGUGUGGAACAAGCUGUCAACGGAGCUCAACACAUAUGUGCAGUAGCAGUCGAAAAGAUAGCGUUAUUUUGCCCUUGCCAUGUCGUAGCAGAACGCAAACGAAUUGCGUCGGUGCGGAAGCGCAAUUGGUAGGUGGUGGCAGAACAAAUGACAAAACAGUAACCGUAAUGGUUUUUCAAGGACCCAAGGAUCGUCAGCCGUUGGUCACAUAUCCACCGCCGCCAAAAUUGGAAAAGAAAUAAUUAUGAAAUUUUGUGUAAAAACACUUUUUUUAUAUUUAAAAUAAAGAGCUUUCAAAAGCUUUG